GUUUUUUUUUUUACCCGAAAAAGUGCGGUGCACAGUCGUACAACAUUUUUCACCCAUCAAAAGUGCAUUAUAAUCCACGAAAAAAAACAUUUUCAUAAUAACGUUAUAAUCAUUGAUAAGGCCCAAUCAAUCCGUCAAUCAGUGAACAAUGUGUGAGAGCUCGCUCGCAUGUACAUAAAAAAAUUGUGAUAACUCGUGAGCGGGAAAAACGUUUUCGGUGGCAAUGAUGAGUUAACCGUGAGGCAAGGUUCGUAGACAAACAUCGAAGAGCUUUUGGUACAUCGUACCCGCUAUUGAAAGCUGUUUUGUGAUCAGGAAUUAUUGUGGUCUGAUAAGGAAAAUAAAAUGAGUGCAUCAGCGAUAAAAUCAACGAUGCCAGGAGUUGUGGGUACCUCAACCCCAUCAUCUGGGCACACGAUGUUGCCAAUGACAGCAAUGGCCCAGAAAGUAUCACCUGGGGCUGACUCUACAGCGUCAAUGAAACCACUGAGCACCAGUGGAUUAAGCUACGUAACACUUCAACCAGCCUCUCAACCCCUGAGUCUGGUGCAGGAUCACAGAUCACCAGUUUAUCCACCGUAUUCAAGUAACAACGGUGACAACAAGCCAGAGCCUGACAAAUCUCUGCCAAAUGGCGUUGAGAUGAAGCCACAGGAGCAGGAGACCCCCCCAAAACAGACUGAAGUCAACAGAAACAAUAAUUUGAGCCCUGAGAAUUCGACAGUCGAGCCUGAGGGCAAAAAUCCCGGGGACUCACCUGCUGAACAUCAAUCUAAGCCUGAGGAAAAAAAAUCACCCCUCAAUAAUGGCUCCAAGGAUCCAGAGACACCCCAGAGUCAGAAAACACCUCAGAAGGAGGAACCAAGCCCCCAAAAUGUACAGAAAAAAACUCCAACUAAAACAGAUAUAUCACCGACAGCUGCUAAAUCAGAUAUGAAAAUUGCAACGACACCCAGAGUUGUCAAGAGAAAAUCACGUGAACUUAAGGAUCUCAAGGGUAAUGCUGGCGAGGGUGGCAGCAAACCCAAGAGAAAUAGGGUUCAGACACAACCCUAUCAGAGCCCAUUGCCAGAGAUUGCCUUGAUCGUUAAGACACUUAGCAAACCAGUGGCUAAUAAAAAUGCUGAUGAUAAACUUAUUGUGUUCUAUAAGAAUGAAUUUCUCGCUGUUAGAAAUGCUGAGGGGAGUUUCUACGUUUGUCAGGCUAUGCAGAAUAUUUAUAAGAGCAGCAGACGUAUCAGAAUUCGUUGGUUAUCGCAGGAUAAAAAUAAUGGGGAAAUUUAUUCUCCCGAUUUUUAUGAUUUCACAGAUUUUGACUGCAUAUUGACAAAUUUAAACCUCAAUAAAAUCGAUAAGAACAAAUUUCAACUGACGAAAAUAGAGCUUUUGCGUACCGAAAAUAUAUUGAAGAGAGCUAUUGACGUUGAGGCUGGUGUUUCUGAAAAGCCAAGUGUCACUGAAGAGCAUCCUGAUGGACUUGACUUAUCCCUGUACAAAGAUGAGUCCCAGUUGAAGAAGAGAAAAGGCAACAGCAAGGGUAAACAACGUCAGCGCAAGAUAUCAAAAAGAGAUGAAACGUCGUCGUCGUCUGAAGAUGAAUCGAGCGACGAGGAUGAGAAAAAAUCUAGAAACAGUCGUAACAAGAAAAGAAUCACUAAUAAGGCACUUGCUAUUGCUAAAUCAGUUGCUAAAGUUCCUUCACGAGCUAAACGUGCAUUAAAUCGGGCUAAUAAGAGUCCAGUUAUAAAUAAUGUGGAGGAGAAGCGAAAUGAUUCGAAGAAAGUGGAGAUGAAGAAAACGAGUAAACAGGGAAGCACUGCUAACAGAACGAAAUUAAGGGGGUCUGGCGAGAGCACAGAGGUGGAGAGGAAUGAUAAAACAUCAACGGGACGUGCAAAGAGAAUGGCAACAACCACCUCGACAAUCACCAACGCUGAGGAUUCAACUUCUCGAAUUAAAAAGUCACGUGGUAGAGCGUAACUAAUUCGAUGAGAGAAAUAAAAUUGAUAAUUUAACAAGGAAUUAAUUGCAUCGAGAUCCCACACCUGAAUUUCUCAAACAAAAAUUAAUAAACUUUAUUUUUCUCUAAUGAAUUGGCAAAAUGUGACGCCUUGCCAUUUCGAUAUUGAAUUUACUUCUUUAUUUCGAUAGGUUUUCGAUGAUUUUUAUAAUUUUAUUUGUGAUGUUUUCGUAGAAUUUUUUUAAUGAAUCAGCGAAACUCACGUAUGGGAUCGAGCCAAUGAGAAAGUCACGGAAUUGUGUGAAAUAAUGAUAACACAAGGUAAAUUUUAAAUACCUUGGGUAAAUGAUUAUCUACAGGGUGUUGUCAUUCGCACACUAAUGCACUAUUGCAAUAGUAUAUUUUUGAUGUCGUAAGCCAAUCGUACGUGAUUCUAAUUCUCAUUUCUUCAUGUUUGUGUGAGAAAUAAUUCCUCGUCCUUAACCGAUUUAAGUCAAUCCAGAUGAAAAAAAAUCAUGGCAUUAACUGGACGAUUAUCUCGGCAACCGUCGGUCCUACGAGAAAAUGCCGUUUGAACUUUUUUGUAGGCAAUGAAAAUUCCAAUAUAUAAGUUCUCUCUCAUUUUCCUGUGAAACCAACAGUUGAUGAGUUAUUGGCGCAAUUAAUCCACGGUGAUUUUCACAUUCGACUUUUAUCUUAUUCCUAAAAUUGUGAUUUGAGUGAAAAACUGAUAUUGUUAUUUUUUCGUAAUAAAUUUCUUAAAAGUAGACAUUCACAUGGUUCAUCAAUCAAUUGAAGAAUUUUACUUGACAAUUGACCACUAUAAUUAUUUUUUAAAUCAUAAAAUUGAGUUUUUUAAAUUCAUUUCGCUUCACUCGAUCACAAGAAUCAGAAAAAUCCAUUGAAACCCACAAAUCAAUUGUACAAAAUCCUUCAAUCAUCUAUAAUUAACGUAAUAAAUCCCAUCUAAACUGGAACAAUCCCACAAUCCCAUUAAUUAACCAAUAGAUUUCCGAAUAGACCGAGAAUUAGGAUAAAAUGUACAUCAUGUUUGAAAAACAAAAGCACUGCUCAAGAUAAUAGCAACCUAAACUAGCAGUUAAAACGAUGAAAAUAAAAAUCAUGGUCCAAUUACGUAUUUUUGGUUUAAGUUGAUGGUGCAACAAUUAAUUAAUCACUAAUUAUCUCAUUACGAUUAAUUGAGAGACCCCAGACAACGGGAGAUAGAUAAUUUGACUACAGAUGACCGAAUUCUGUAAUAAUCACGAGUAAUUGGUGGAUUGUAAUUAAUGAAAAUUUCUUUUUUUAUGAAUUCGUCCUAUCAGAGACGUAUGAAUAUUAAUUGCCAAGGAUUUGCGCCUGAUUGUACAUUUUCAAUCGCAGUAUGAUGAUCAUUUUUUCAAUUAACCAAAUCUAUAUUCGAUUUGUUAAUUAAUUUAGGAUUAAGUUAUUGUAUUCAUAUCAGUGUUUGAGGUAAUUUUUCCCAGGAUGAGCAUUUAGCGUAGGAUUAUUGCACGGAAAGUUUAAUUUUCUGACGAUCAGAUCAUGUUUUUUUUUUUAAAUUGAUUUUAAUUGAUGAUUGAUUCGUUGAAUUGAGGUGGUAACUUUUUAAUAAAAAUUAUUUCGGAGAUGGAAAUUUUUUUUCAUAUUUGAAUGACGUUACCACAGCAGUCACCAAAUCAAUCGAAAAAUUCUUUUUCUUUCGACUAAUCUUGAUUGAUCCCUCGCGUUUUAAGAAGUUUUGGGAACUGCACAGCAGUGAUUUUCCAUUGAAUAUAUAAUUGAAUCUAAUUACUUUAACGAAAAAUCGAUAAAUAUAAAAAAAAAUGAAUGAAAUUCACUGAAAAUAAUGUAUAAAGUCUUCGAUCUAAUUAAGCCCGAGG